AUGGACACCACCAACAGCAUGGACACCACCAACAGCAUGGACACCACCAACAGCAUGGACACCACCAACAGCAGAGCGGCAGAGCAACAAGAUCCAUCAAAUCAUCCACUCCUCGGUCUUCCCAACGAGCUGAUCCUCACACUAACGGAUUUUCUGGACCCAGAGUCGCGCCUCGCCCUAAGCCUUUCCUGCAAACAACUUCAUAAACUUCUUUGGUCCCGACUUGACCUGACGAUCAGUGACAAGGCCGCACGCAUCCGGUUCGGAAAACUCGUGGAACGCGAGCACCCGGAGUACUUGACAUGCCGUACCUGUGGCCGUAUCUAUGUCUGGCAGGAGACUUCAUUCUCGGAUUACGAAUGUCCGUUCACACUUCAACAUACGCGCGAGGAGACAAAAUUCUCAUGGACUCAGUGGAUCUACGGAGAAGGCGAUUCCUUGGAGAUAACACGUGAGGUGGUGGACUUGGCCUUGCGCGACGACGGCAUAUCGUUGGAUUACUUCGACGUGGGUGGCCUUGACCAAGGUGUUUCUCGCAUCAAUGAGGCACGAGUGGUUGAUGGGCAACUGAUUCUGGCUACUUGCGCAAAGGUGAGCGCAGACCCGGGGACAGAAAUGUCCGUCAUCCGCGACCUCGCCAUGGAAGACCAGUGUUUCCAUCUUACCGACAGACCCGAGGGCCCCAUUUGGGAUUGGAUAGAAGUGAUGGUCAGCGAGAUGUAUAUGGAGGGGGAAGAGGACUGGGCAGAGUUCAAAUGCUAUCAUUGCCAAACUGACCACGGGCUGAGUCUGAUAAAGGAGAAGGACAGCAUGACGAUAAUCUUUCAGGUCUGGAGGAAUUACGGGCGAAGAGACGAGAGCAGGCUAUCAGUGGACCAGAUCUUUCAUUGGAAUCCCGUGUCUGAGCUUGAAGAAGAUGAAGUUGAAGAGAGGGAUAUAGGCGAGCUCUUUGAUUCCUGGGAGUCGAGGACUCCAAGCUAUGGACCAUAG